AUGAAGGUCUUUGCGGUUUUUGUUGCGUCUAUAACAUUGUGUGCCGGGAAUGCCAUCCCUUUGGUUCCUGGUGACAACAGUCACUAUGUAGAGGGCGAAAGUCGCUACAUCUGGAUGCUGGAUGAAGACAGUGUACCGCAACUUGUUGAUUUGGCAGAGCCUGUGGAUGAGACUUUGGUGAAUUCUCGUAAUGAAGAUAGUAAUCAGUACUGGCUAUAUACCAGGUUGAAUCCUAACACCGCUCAAGUUUUAGUGAAUGGCAAUGCUAAUACUGUAUGGAACUCUAACUACGACGGCAGCAAACCUAUUAAAGUUAUUGCCCAUGGAUGGCAGGGCAGCGGAAACUCAGGAGUGAACUCUCUCGUCUCGUCUGCCUUUCUUGAAAUAGAAGAUGUUAAUAUCAUCGUAGUAGACUGGCGUGUAGUAGCCAAUAAUAAUUAUGUUAUUGCUGUUGUCGGUGUUCCAGGGGUAGGCCAAUACGUAGGAAAUUUCCUUGAAUGGCUUAUCAAUACAGCCGGUGGAAAUUGGAACAAUGUGCAUUUAAUUGGAUUCAGUUUAGGAGCCCAUGUCGUUGGCAGUGCCGGCCUACAGGCUGGGGGACAACCGGCUCGCGUUACUGGCUUGGACCCCGCAGGGCCGCUUUGGAUUGGAAAUCCGUCUGCACUAAAUAGCAGUAAUGGACAAUACGUUGAAGCUAUUCAUACUGAUGGUGGGCUUCAAGGAGUACUAAUUCCGAUCGGGGAUGCUGACUUCUAUCCCAAUAAUGGAAGACACCCUCAGCCUGGCUGCGCCACCAGCUCGUGCUCUCACGGCCGCGCACCACAACUGUUUGCAUCCAGUGUCCGCACUAAUCACUUGCAGGGCAGAUUAUGCGAAAGCUUUAACCAGGCACAAAAUGAGCAGUGUAAUGGCAGCAUUUUGAAUAUGGGCAAUGGCAUCGUUAGCAAGAGAGGUUCCGGUAUCUAUGGUCUGUCAACUGGAAGUUCGUGGCCUUAUUGAUUAAAAAAACAAUAGUGUGUUCAUCGUAACUUGUGUUUAAAUCGUCAUCAUGUUGAGCUGUAUACUACUGAUCCACUAUCUCUUUCAGACCUUUUACCAUGUUUUACUUCUACUUUUUGUAUCCAUUAAUGACUGCCAUAUAUUAGAGAAUAAAGUACAUUUAUGUAAUUGUAAAGCUUCUGUUCAUUAAUUAGCAUGCUUGAUAGGUCUCUUAAUUUUUAAGAAUGUGUAUAAGAAUAUUAUAUGACUUCAAAAAUCCAAUAAAGUUAUGACUGAA